UGAUUGGUCGAUUCGCACUGAUUGUUGAUGGAGGCACUCUACGAGAGACAGCGACACCACCCGCCUGUGUCGGCAUGUCCUGACCUCGCUCGCGUCCGCACGGCCAACGCAGAUUUCCAUCUCUAUGUGGGUUCGGCGGAUGCAGCCAAGAACUCGUUAUUGAUGCAAGAGCGUGGAAUUGGCGCAGUGCUUGCGCUUGGCACCAAAGCUCUGUCGACUGCGACGACAAUCGUCAUCGACAUCCUGGACAUGGAAGAAGCGUUCCUGAUGCAGCACUUCGACCAAUGCUUCAGCUUUUUGAAACUUCAAGAGCAACACCACACCCCAACGUUGGUGCAUUGUGCGUAUGGCCAGUCUCGUAGUGCGGCCAUUUGCGUUGCUUUUCUCAUGCACCACGAGCACCUGUCCCUCCGGGACAGCUACGACCGCGUUCAAGCGGCCCGACCGUGCAUCUACAUCAACUCUGGUUUCCUGGCGCAGUUGGAGUUGUUUGAGGCCAUGCAAUGCCACCUUGUCGGAACAUCUUCGGCACACGCAACGUACCGAUUGCGAUAUGCUUACGAACGCCGGCUUCGAGGUGGGAGUGUGGCCAUGGUGUCACAGCUUGCAGUGGACGUCACCUCUGGCGCAAAGAAAAUCUAUUGUAAAAAGUGCAAUUUGCACUUGGGAAGUCACGACAAUAUCGUUCAUCACAACCACAAAAAUCUUAACCACGCGUCCAGUUGCGGCGUGCUGCACGUUGAACCCCUCGCCUGGAUGCAACUGGAGCCUGACGCGGGAAAGCUCACGUGUCCUCGGUGCAACUCCAAAGUCGGCCAGCAUAGCUGGAUGGGAGUCAAGUGCGUUCAAGGCACAUUCAGUCAGCCAGCUAUCCAGCUCUCGACUGCAAAGGUCGAAUCUCGAUGACCAUCAAGACAGCAUGACCAAUACUCCAUGUGAUAUUGACGUUCCUGGGAAAAUGAUAACGAUCAUGGGGACAACGACUCGACGGCGUGCACAUCGUCGUCUGUGAACUGACGAGAACGACCGACCUUGUCGUCCGAAAACUUGACGCCUUCUUGAGCGAGGAGUGUUCGCUUGUCGUUCAAAUCGUUGCAUGCGGGGUCCGUGGAUCCUACAGCUUGACUUCCAUCAUGUCCGAGACGUCGUAUACAAACCUCGAAACCCAUGAAGGCUCCUGGUAGCCGAAACGACGCGAUGACAAGGGACUUGUGGGGCAAAUGGAUUUCGCUAGAACACCACUGACUCGAUCAGCCGACAAUUCUUGACUAACAACACCACGAAGCAAUACUCGUAGCGCUUGGCCAACACCUCGAGGUCCAGAAUGGAUGGCCUUGGCCACCGCUCCGUACGUGGCAACUUUUCCCGCUGGAAUCUACAAACUUCCUUCACAAUUUGCGUGCUCAGAUAAUCGACGACUUACGCGGCUGAUGAGCUUGUACACCUUGAUGUCUAGAAUACAUUGUGAGUUCGAUAGAGCGAAGCGUGCGACC